AAUAACUAAAUUGUAACAGUUGGUUAAUAUUUUAUUUUCAUUUUUAAUAUAUUUUGAGUUGUCCUAUGAUUUAUAUUUAUAAAAUAAAUUACUAUUCUUAUAAAAUUAUAUAAUCUUAUCGUAGUUAUUUUAGAUAUAAGUUGGAUUAGUCGAAUCAUUCAUGUUGUGAGUAUAUUGAGUUAAAUAUAUUCUUUCAAAUUUAAAAUGAAGUAUAAUUGGUUUUUAUUAGAAUUAAGUCAAAUGUGCAUGUAUUUUCAUAAUAUUUAUCAAAUUAUAUGUUGAUGUUUUUUAAAUAAAUAUUAGAAAAUAAAAUAUGAUCAAUAUGACGUUACAUACGUAAGUAGCUGAUACAUUUUUGAAAGCUCAUGUACACAUAUCAAUAUUUACAAUAAUUAAAAUAUUUUAAAAAUUCUAAAUAACUUUAUGCCUUUGAUUUAUUGAAUGGAAACUAAAAUUUAUUUUAAAUAAUCUUAAAAUGAGAAUUCGGAUUUGCUUUGGUAUUUUGAUUAUGGUUCUAUUAAGUUCCUCAAACAUAAAAACAUACAAUUUAAAAUCAUAUUUAAUAUUAAGAAAAAAAUAACUUUAAUAAUGAUAUAAUAUACUAUAUCUACCUCAUUAAACUAUUUUCUAACCAUUUGAUCAAACGAUUAUUAUUUUAGAAUUUUAUUUUUUAGUUUUUUUUAUAUCUCUUAAAAUAAGCAGUAAAAAGUUGUGAUUGUAUUUAAAACUAAUAUUAUAUAAGUAAAAUAUAAUUUGUCGAUAUUUUUUGCUGUAAUUGAAAGAUACUAUAGUCAACUAAAUUUAAACUCUUAAAAAUAAGCAGUAAUAAAUUGUGAUUGUAUUUAAGAAUAAUAUUAUAUAAGUAAAAUAUAACUUAUCGAUAUUUUUUGCUGUAACUGAAAGAUAUUACAGUCAACUAAAUUUAUGAAAAAUAAAUAAAAUAUUUCAAUAUUACUAAUUAUAAAAUAUUUUUAGACAAUUAAACAUGUUACUUAAUUAUUUUAUGUAAUCAUCUAAGAAAAUAUAUAGGUAUAUAAAAAUAUUUUUAUUACUUUGAAUUUUUUUUGUAUUGUUUAAAUUAUGUUUUAAGAUAAAUAAUAUUUAUGUUUAUAAUAUCAAGAUUAUAUGUGUAAAUUGUUUUUAGUGAAAUCAAGUUAUAUAGAAAUUUAUAAUUUUCAUGUAAGAAAAUAUAGAUAUAAAGAAAGUAUUUUAUUAGUUCAAAACUAUAUUUUAUGUUGUUUAAAAAUAUUUUUUAAAUGUAAUAUUACUAUUUUCUGAACUUUCCUUUUUUUAUGAAAUCAUAUUAUAUGUACAUAGAUUUUCGUUUUUCAAUUCUUCUUUUUUUAACUUUAUGAAAAAUUUCCUUUUUUAUUGUAUGUGUAUAUUUUCGGAAUUUUUUUAAAAGGAAACUAAAUAAAAUAAUAAAUAAUAGUAUUUUAAAUGUAAGUUAAUUCAUUAAGGGUAUCAGUGUAAUCAACCAUCGUGAGGGUUAACUUGAAAGCGAUAUAUAUGAAACUGACUUCUCAAAUAAUAUUAUAGAGAUAUAAUUUUAGUAACAUGAGUAUAUUUGCUUUGUGAUAAUUGCGAUAAAGAAAAACAUGGACUUACGAUGAAAAUGAGACAAUAACUAAAACCCCAUUUUAGUUACAAAUCAAAACAUGCCUAGAAAGUAGUCAAAAUCAGACUAAAGAUAACAGGGAAGGCCUAUAACAGAAAACAAAGAGUAACUAUAGACAAGAGCGACCAACAAUCGGAUCGGAUUCAUCUUCAAUAGACUCAUUUUAAGUUGCAAGAAAUAGAAAAAUAUACACAUUAUAAGUUGCAAAAAAAAUGUACACAUUGUAAAUAAAAAAUGAAAAGGAGCUUUAUUCUUGGACCCCAAAAAAGGAGCUUUAUUCUUCUUGUUCACCUGAGGGAGCACUUCGUGCCGUUUUGGCUACAUCCACUGACGUUCUGUUGUAUUAUUUCUCACUAAAUGGCAUGGCCCCUAUUUUUUUUUUACUUCUCCUCGCAGUCAUCACUAGCUCGAUCUUUAUAUAUAGACAUAAUAAGUUGUAACUCUACCAAGGAGUCAAAGAGAAAAAAAAAAAAAACUGUAGCCAUUCCCAUUCAUCAAAGUUAUGAAAAAGUGAGAGUAUCUAUACAAUAUAUAAUGGGGAUAAAGAUAGCAAGUAAGGCGCAGACAGAAAAAGUGGCAGCACCACUGAAGCAGAUGCUGAAAAGAUGCUCAAGCUUACUGAAGAAGGGAAAAGAAGAGGUGCCUAGGAAGGGACAUUUCGCUGUCUACGUGGGGCAAUCCAGAUCUCGUCACGUCAUCCCCAUCACACUCCUCAAUCAUCCAAUCUUCCAGAUGAUGCUGCAUGAAGCGGAGAAAGAGUUUGGGUUUAGGCAAGAGAGAGGCAUCACCAUUCCUUGCGACCAAAAUAUAUUUCUCUUUCUCUUGGACAUCAUAUCAAAUCUCACUAGCUAGUUCAUAGUUUGAGUUUCCUCCCAUUAUAAGCGGAAUAGUUACUAUGGAUGCACAACCCUUUUUUUCUCAUGGACAUCCUUGGGUUCCACGUUA